AUUCUUAAAACUCUUAAUGGUAUCUGAAUCAUGUUUACAACCGGCUAAAAUCAUUAACUGUUGAUCACACGCCUCUGUCCGCGAGUACUGUGUCCACACUGGGAUUGACGUGACCAUUGACCAUUCCACCAUGUUUGUAUCGAUUUCUAUUGCUGCAGGCCGCACCUAAUUCGGUGGUUGAAAGUCGUUCGUUUUUACGUUUGUUGUAUACGUUGACGUAUAUUGUCAGGUGACCCGGAUCUAUGAAUAGAUAAUUAACAAGGACUAUUGUUGGAAAACUCACGACCGUCUCGAUUUCUGAUCGUGUGACCUGCCACUACAAAAAGGAUAAGAACCAGACGAACUAACCAUCGGAAAACAUUGCUACCUAAAUUCUCCUCAUACGUUACAUUACAUUUGGAUUUGAACGAAAAGAAGGAAGGAAUACCGUGUUACAUAGAAACAGAUCAUUGCUACAUCGUAUUGGAAUUGAUUGCUUCGCCUGUUCACUGAACUCGUCAUCAUGGAUUGUCUGUCGAACUGUGGGCGGAUCAUCAUAGUGAUACUCAAUUUUAUCAUAUCUCUGCUUGGAUUCGUGAUUUUGGUGCUGGGCAUCAUGGUGAAGGUCGGGUCGGACCAGAUCAACUCUUUGCUGGACACGGCGCUCCAGAGUCUUCAGGAACAGCUGAACACGAGCGGGUUCGGCACGAUCGACAUGAGUCAGUUCAACAUCUCGCAACUCGUCGGCGGACUCGGGACGGGCUUCAUCGUGCUCGGGGUCAUCCUGCUCGUCAUCGGGGUCAGCGGGCUCAUCGGGGCGUGCUGCAAGAUUAAGCUGCUCCUCGUUGUUUAUUUGAUCCUUAUCAUCGUGUUGUUCCUGGGACAAGUCAUCGUGGUUAUUUUGCUCUUUGCUGCCAGACAAGUGUUUGAUGACGCCGCAAAACCAAAGUUUAAAGAGAUGAUUAAAAACGAGUACCAAGGCUUCAAUGGCACUGACGUGACGUCAUUGGCUUGGAAUGUUUUGAUGAGAGAACGUGCUUGUUGCGGGGUUGACGACUACAAUGAUUUCGCGACUGCAACCAUGUGGGUGAGGGAUUAUACAACACAGAGUCCUAUUAAUGGCAUCCUCCAGGCACCCAUAGCUUGUUGUAUCAAUGUACCAUCUUCUGCUCCGGACUUCAGUUGUGCCAAGGCUCCCUCGGACGCAGAGAGUAAUUGGAAAAAGGGUUGCUACGAUUCCUUGUGGUCAUAUGUGGUGAACGAGUCUGGUAUUGUCAUCGGGGUCGUCUGUGCAAUCCUUGGGUUACAGAUAUUGCUGAUUUUCUUCACAAUAUGGAUCUUGUACCAGAUAAACAAGGAAGCUAAAGUCAGUAUGGCUUGAUGAAAUGAUGAAGAUAACUCAAAGAUCUGUGAUAUGUCCGAAUCCAUUAGCUGUCUGUGUGUCCGUCCACCCUACCACGUCACAUAUCUCCGAUCAUACUCUCUACCUUGACCUUCACAUUGCUGCUACUGGAAUAUAUGCUUAUUGACUGCGUUUGGAGGGAAUAUUGUGCUGUACUACUGGUCGAAACGUGUAGUGUUUUGGUUAGAAUAUUGAUUUAUAUUGACGGAAAGAAAGUGAUGACAUUAAUAGUGACAGGAAUGAGUGACUGCAACUAAAACCCUCAUUCGUAGUGUCAGGAAGUUAACUGCGUUACUGAUUUUCAGUCCUAGAUUACUGAGAUUCAGUUUCUCAUUACUGACAUUCAAUCCCACAUCAUUAACAUUAAGUCACACAAUUUUGACAUUCAGUCCCGCAUUAUUGACAUUCAGUCCCACAUUACUGACAUUCAGUCCAGCAAUAUUGACAUUACAUUACAUCUAUAUAUACUAUACAAUUAUUACUACGCAAGUAAAAUAUUUUAAUUUGAUGUAUACUAGCAAGUGUUCCCGUUUUUUUCGCGGAUUCGGCGUGGGUCCAAGUGGUCGGUCCCCGCCUCCCCCCACCACCCCCAUUUUUAUUUUGUCUUUUUAUAACAUGAGUGAUGUUUUCGUAAG